UAUUUUUUUUUUUACUGUUGCAGUGCUUGCAUACUAUGGCGCUGUGGGCGCAAAUGACCCCGCAGUUACAGUACCUGCCAACUCAGACACUGAAUGAACUCUACCCGGACACAUUCCCUCUGGACGUCAGGCACUAUCUGGCCAGCUGGAUAGAGGAACAGAGAUGGGAGAACUUUGAUGUGGACAACAUGGAGCAGAAGCCUCAGGCCCGAAGGCUGUUGGAUCAGAUGGUGCAUUUGCUGCAGGAGGUGGCCCAACACAACCCUAACGUGGUGGAGAGGGUCAAACUACAACAUAUCAGCCGGAACUUGAGUGUGUUCCAGCCACAACCCAUGCAACUUGUGAGGACAGUUCGAGAUAUUCUAAGGAAAGAAAGACACAUAUUAGCACAGGCGGGUAUGCACCCUAACUUCCCACCCUUCCAGCAAAUUCCUCAGGGUCCUCCAGCUACCAAUGGCACCCCACAACCUGCAAGGGAGGAUGGGAAGACUGAUGUGGACAAUCUGGUGCUCAAAGUUUUGGAAAUUCAGAACUGCCGCCAAACACUUCAUCAGCUUCAAGAGGAUUUGAACUGGGAAAAGCAGGAAAUGGAGUCGAUUCAAGGUCAAAAUGAGUUGGAUCCACAGCACUCGGAUCAAGUUGCUAGACAGACUCGCAUACAGCAGCUUGAAUACAACUAUUCAGUCUGUGCAAAGAAGCGCGUGCAGCUCCUUCACGAGGCCGUGUGCGCUCUGGAGCAGUGCCAGUCCUGUCUUAUUCUCAGAAUUAAGUCCUGGAGGUGGGAACAGCACCGAGCAACCAUUGGUGUGCACUUCGAUGACAACCUUGGCCCUCUUCAGACAUGUGAAAAUGUAGGAGAACUUAUCAACAGCACGGCCAUAUUAGAGCACAACACUGCAAGCAAGAGCACGUGUGCUACCUUUAGAAACAUGUCCAUAAGGAAGAUCAAACGAGCUGACAGGAAGGGCUCUGAGUCAGUGACGGAGGAAAAGUUUGCUUUGUUGUUUACCACAGAAAUAACCAUCACGGGCUGUGAGAGCCCUUAUAGCAUUCAGGCAAUCUCUCUUCCUGUGGUUGUAAUUGUACAUGGUAGUCAGGAAAUCAAUGCUAUGGCGACCAUCAUAUGGGACUGUGCCUUUUCUGAACCUAACAGGAUACCGUUCAUCGUUCCGGAGCGUGUGCCCUGGAAGCAGAUGUGUGAAGCUCUUAGCAGUAAGUUCAUGUCUGAAGUCCAGACGCAGCGGUGCUUGGACGGAUACAACCUUCACUUUCUCGCCCAGAAGAUCUUUGACCAACCAGACAUCUCUGAAGAUUUCAGCAAUAUGCCAGUGUCCUGGGCUCAGUUCAACAAGGAAGUUCUGCCUGGUCGAAACUUCACCUUCUGGCAGUGGUUUGAAGGGGUGAUGGAUCUUACAAAGAAAUGCCUGAGAGACUAUUGGAGUGAAGGACUGAUCUUUGGCUUCAUUGGAAAACAGCAUCUCCAUGUCAUCCUACAAAACAAACCCAACGGCACCUUUCUUUUGCGCUUUAGUGACUCAGAGAUUGGUGGCAUCACCAUCGCCUAUGUGGGUCCCAGUGAUAAUGGAGGCAGGAAAAUCCAGAAUAUCCAACCCUUCACCAAGAAGGAUCUGGACUCAGCUGGCCUUGGCGACCGCAUACGGGACAUUAACUGCAUCACUCACGUGCAUCCAGACUUACCAAAGAAUGAAGUAUUUAAGAAAUUCUUUACAGUACCUUCUCCCCCGAAUCCUGAUGGAUACCUGCCAUUCAAACUAACAACAGUAGUCAACCCAGGAGACCAGGGUUCCUCCACCGCCAGCAUACCACCUGACACUCCUAUGGAUAUUUACGGGCAAUCUAUGAGCAAUGUCUAUGGGUCAAACAUGAAUCAGGGCAUGUUCUCCCCACUUCCUCAGUCUACACCCCCAUAUAUGCCAGAGCAAAUACCUGUUCAAGGACCACUCUACCAAUCACCCAUGCCACAAGCUCCCUCAAGUGAAGAAAUAGACAUGGAAGCACUGGAGGGAAUUUUGUCAUCAAUUUGUCAAAAUACUAACAAAGAUCUUCAUUAGAUGUACAGACCCUCUGUUCUUCUUGGACAAAGGCUAUUUGAUGGCUUGAUGCUCUAAGGACAUCCAGCACAACUCGUACAUCCCAAAGGACACAUUACCCAUUUGUUCCCAAAACAAGUGUAUCAGUAGGAAUGCACUUUUCUUAAAUUAAUUUCCAUGAAUUAUUGAGCGGUGAAUGUUUUUAUCACAUGGCUUGUUUUCAACUCAACGUCACACUCGCUUUCUCCUGCAUAAACACACUAAAUGUGCAGUUUAAAGGAACAGUGCGUUUCACUCGAUCAUAGUAAAUGUUUGCUAGCAACUUUUUAAUGAAAGCAGGUGAACCUCUGGCAAAAAGAGUCUUAUUAGCAUGCAGUACAUAAACUCACAAGUCAUUCCCUGUUUCGGUCUCAUGACUGCUCUUGAAAGUAGCAUUAUAACUGACAAGUGAAACAGGAAAUUAUUUGCUAUCAGGGGGUUUUAUCAAGAGAGACCUGAUAGAUUUAACAUAAUACACAUUUUUGUCUGCCAGAAGAUUUGUUUCCUUUACAUAUGAUGCAGAAAAACAUAUCCAGGGACCAGAGUAGAUUAGUGAUAUUUUACUGCAGAUGCAGACAAUGAUUUGGUGAGGUGAGCAUACUUUUAGACCUUUUAGAAAUGAUAGGUUUUAUUAAACUCUAUGCAAAUAUGUUUUGUGCCAAAUUCCAUAUAGACAGUUUUUUUAUUUGGUUGUUUGAUUUGCAUGACUUGUGUGUGAUCGCAUAUUCAAUAUUCAGUAUUCGUCUACAGUCAGGUUUGGCCAGUAAAGCUAAAAUUAAAGUUUUUUAAAAUUA